AUGGCAUCGAAGUCGGCAGCAGCGGCGGCGACGGCAUCCUCUGCCGCCGACCUAGACGGGCACGAUGGUUCGCCCGCGCUCGACUACAAGUACCAAGUCGAAAUCUCACAGAUGAUGUUCGUCUUCGGAGACGUCACUGACCCACACCCGGACGUGACCAAGCUGAUCGAAGACAUUGUUCGGAACCAGACCAUCGAGAUGAUCAUCCAAUCGCGGCGACUGGCCCAGCGCCGCGGAUCAAAGUACCUCUCGGCCGAAGACCUCAUCUUCCUCAUCCGCUACGACCGCGCCAAGAUCAACCGCCUGCGCACCUACCUCUCCUGGAAGGACGUGCGGAAGAACGCAAAGGACAGCGGCGACGGCGCUGCGGGCGGGCCCGGCGGUGGCGCGGCCGACGUCGACGGCCUCGCCGAGGAUGCCACCAUCGAGAACCCGGUCAAGGCGACCAUGAAGAAGAUCCGCCUGCCCUGGGACUUUAGCAGCGCCUACUCCGAGUUCCUGCGGCCGGCCAAUGGAGCCGCCGAGGAUGAGGAGGAGGAUGAGGAUGAUAUCGAGGCACACGAGGAUAGCAUGCAGCGGCUGAGGGAUGCCGACGAGGCGACCCGAAGGAUGACGAGGGAAGAGUACGUGCACUACUCGGAGUGCCGUCAAGCCUCUUUCACCUUCCGAAGAGGAAAGCGCUUCCGCGAGUUCAUCAACGCCGGAGCCUACCUCGACGUCAAGCCCAACGACGACAUCAUCGACAUCCUCGGCUUCCUCGCCUUCGAGGUGGUGCGCGAACUCGUCCUCGCCGCGCUGGCCAUCAAACGGGGAUUGGAGGAACAGGACCGGAGCCGCAACCGCGCAUCCACCUCGUCCCACGCCGCUACACACCAACACGGCUCGACGGCGCAUGCAGAGCAGGAGGAUGCGGGCGCAGCGGCCAACGAGGCUGACGUGUCUACCGAGACGGCGCGGCCAGGAGAAUCGACGACGGCCGCCGCGGGGAAACGAAAGACGCCGCCGCCGCCCUCUGGGGAAGGGGGGAGGGAGACAUCGUCGUCACCCUCCAAGCGCAAGAGGAGCGACAGCAUCAUCGACCAGCACCAGCAGCAGCAGCAGCAGCAGCAGCAGCAGGCUCAAGCGUCCAAGCAAGACGAAGACGAUCCGGAGCAGACGGAGCUCUGCGGCCUGUUUACGCUGCGCCCCACGGUCGAGAAGCCGCUCAAGCCAGCGCACAUCCACGAGGCGUUUGCCAAGCUCCAACGUGGCCGCGCCGCCCUGGUCAGCGGCAUGAGAGGCGCAGGCGGCACGGGUGGGCUGAGGCGGACGCGCGUCUUCGUCAUCUAG